UCUUGUGCAGCUUUGAGUUACACUCCAACAAGCAUCAUCUUCAUAAAUGUGCCCUCCAUUUCAAGACUACAAUGGCACCCUUUCACCAUUAGCUCAAGUAGUAAUCUCGAACCGGACGAGCUAAGCAUCAUCAUAAAAAAUGAAGGAAGUUGGAGUGAGAAGCUCUAUCAGAUGCUUUCUUCACCAUCUCCGGUGGAUCACCUUCGCAUGUACAUUGAAGGACCUUAUGGACCUAUUUCAACUGAUUUUCUUAGUCAUGACAUGCUUGUGAUGGUUAGUGGAGGCAGUGGCAUUGCUCCAUUCAUCUCCAUCACGCGUGACCUCAUCUUCACAACCUCAACCCUAAAAUCCACCACCACUCCACAAAUUCUUCUCAUCAGUGCAUUCAAAUUUUCAUCCGACCUCGCCAUGCUAGACCUUCUCUUUCCACAUUCCAAAACCCCAUCUGAACUUCUCAACUUCGAACUCCACAUUGAGGCCUACAUAACAAGAGAAAAACAACCCAUAUCGGAGAACGAACAAAAGCCUCUCCGAACCAUCCGGUUCAAGCCUAAUCCCUCGGAUGCACCCUUGUCUCCCACUUUAGGCCCCAAUGGUUGGCUCUGGCUCGGUGCAAUCGUGUCAUCAUCUUUCAUCGUCUUCCUCCUCUUCAUGGGGAUUCUUACCCGGUUCUAUAUUUACCCUGUCGAUCACAACACGAAUAGGGUUUACUCGCACACUUCGCAAGCUAUGUUGAAUAUGUUGCUCGUAUGCAUAGCCAUUGCCAUGACAGGUUGUAUAGGUUUUGUUUGGAGCAAGAAACAGAUAGCCAUGGAAGCAACAAAACAGGUUCAAGAUAUGGAAGGUGGAAAGCUAACUAGGUUUAGUGAUGAUAGGGAGUUGGAAAGCCUACCUCAGCAGUCCAUUGGCAAACCUAACAACGUGCAUUAUGGUGGAAGGCCUGACCUAAAGAGAAUUUUGUUAGAGCGCAAGCAGUCAAGUGUUGGAGUUCUUGUUUGUGGACCUAAGAAUAUGAGACAUGAGGUUGCAGCCAUUUGUUCAUCUGGGUUGGCACACAACUUGCAUUUUGAGUCCAUUAGUUUUAGCUGGUGAUGUGAUUCACGCAUCCACUACAAAGAUGAAUGGGGCUUAGAAAGUGAAUCUUCAAAAAUGAUAUGAA